AUGACGACCACAGCAACUCAAUCGCAGUAUUUGACUGUACAAAAUCCACCGUUAGAUCAAACGUCUGCGCGGGAUGAGACCUUGAACCCAAAUAAUUCCGGUUCUAGGCGCAUAGGUCGUCGAGGCAGAGGAGGAAACCGUGAGAGCGGUAGAGAUGUAGAUACAUCACACAAUCGGCCGUUUGUUCACGGAAGAGGGAGACGAGGUGUUGGGCCAAGCCGUAGGGGAGCGGGGACAGGAGCAGGAACGGGAGCAGGAACAACAAUAUCCGCGAGAGGGAGAGGGCGGGGUGAUGCACCUAAUACGACGAAAACCGUGGCCGGGAUGGGAAGAUCAUUUGGCGGCCAAUUGACACGAGAAGCACCAGAGACAGCUAAAGAUGGCAGAGGAGACGGUUCUUCUGCGCAAGGGGAGCAGGGCUCACUACGACCCAGUGCGCCGGAAUUUAUACCUGGAGUCCAAGUUCCUAUGUCUACAACUACACCGACACUUUCUCAUUCCUCUACGCCCAUCCGGGAACGAACGAGACAACCAAGGCCUCCUAAAGCAAAAUCUACGGCGCAUGACAUUGCCACGCGCACGCACGAGGACAUCGCCAACGGGAUAUACGAAUGCCCCAUAUGCACAAACGAACUUGGUCGAAAGACGAGAUUGCAUAAAGAAAUGGUCGAAUAACGAAGGCUCGGUAAUGGCGAGGCCAAGGCAACAGCA